CCGAAACCUCGUCGGCCACCCCAAAUCUUCGCCGACCGGCCACCAUUCGGUCCACUACUACCCCGUUCAAUUCGUCGUUGACCGCCGACCAAAAUCCGUUCAUCAUCCCAUCGUGAAACAACGUCUAUCGUCAUUAUUUUAGUCGCAAAGAUUCGAAAAAAUAAUCUAACCCCGUUUCUACUAUUUUCAUCGAUUCCGGUCGAUCCGGCGACCGUCUCGCCUCAUCGCCGUCACCAACGUAUUCCCCGGCCUGUUCCGCACAAAACCUGACCUAAGGUACUUCCCACCAUCGUGUUUUCUCUGGUGUUCGUUGGUAAGGGUUCUCAAGAUUCAAGCUUGAAUUACAACUACGGCAGCUCCGCGUUUCAUUAAAGCUUCCAUUUCCGGUCGGCUUUCCAAGACUGAGAGAGAUGGCAACGAUACACCGAUUUUGCUGCAACGAUCUCCUUCGUUUCACUUUCGUUAAUCUUGAACACUUAACCAACACCUUUAGUAUGUCAUUCUACUUGACGUAUUUAGCUUGUUGGCCCGAUUAUUUUCAAGUAGCUGAAGGCCUUGGCAAACUAAUAAUGUGUUACAUUUUGGGGAAAGCUGAGGGACAAGAUGAGUCUUGGCAUGACCACGUAAUGGCAGUCACCGUUGCCCCUGAAUAUUAUUGGCAGCAGCUUGCUAAGAAACUGAUGAACCUUCUUGAAGAAAUCAGUGAUAAUAUUGACAAAGCAUAUUUUGUGGAUCUUUUUGUGAGGGCUUCUAAUACACCAGCCAUAAAGAUGUAUGAAAAGCUUGGGUACGUAAUAUACAAAAGGGUGCUACACUAUUAUUCGGGUGAGGAAGUCAUAUUUUAUGUUUUCGAUGUCUUGAGUCUAAAUCUAAAGUCCCCAAUAUUGAGUGCACAUCCAUCUAUAUCAGUGCACCAGCUGCAGCCACAUGAUCAGUUUGUGAUAUUUGCAUCUGAUGGGCUCUGGGAGCACCUAAGCAAUCAAGAAGCUGUUGGGAAUUGCAAAGAGGAUGGUAAAAACUGCUCUACAAAUCCAUCUGAAACUUUCAUUUGA